AGGGCCUGGAAGGCAGUGGCAGUUGAAGCCGCUUGGCCCAAAGGGGCAAAAUGGCCACCGAGGGGAGCCCCUGGCCAAGACUGGGAGCGCCACGCGCCAGUGGCGCCCUCCUGGGCGGCCUGCUAUUCCUGCUCCUCCUCACUCCCGGUUUUCUCCAGACUUCCUCGACAUUCCUCUACUCAGAAGUAAUAGAACCAAGAGAAGUGGAAUCAAGGACUACCUUUGACAGCAAAGAAAAAAUCUCAUAUAUAAUUAAAAUGGAAGAUGAUUACAGACUUGUUCACCUGAAACGAAUAUCCUUUAUAGCUUCAAAUAUGCCUGUCUAUUCUUAUAAUAUGAAGGGAGAUCUGAUUGCAGAUUACCCAUAUAUUCAGGAUGACUGCUAUUACAGUGGAUAUGUGGAAGGUGCCUUAGAUUCUCAGGUCGUCCUCUCUACCUGCACUGGGCUUUGGGGACAUGUGCAAAUCGGGACUCUAAGAUAUGAAAUUGAACCUAUUGAGAAUUCUCCCACAUUUCAACACCAUAUUUAUCGAAAGACCCCAAGGGAGCACCAACCCUGCCAAGGCGUCGUGGAAGACGGAGCCAAUUUGACAAGUGAAGAUGGCCAAGUGAGAAUGGUGAAUCCUGACAGCCCGCUUCCUUCCAACAGGGGAGCAGGUGGCCUUGAACCCGCUACAGAGACCAGAUAUCUGGAGUAUUAUCUUGUUGUUGACAAAAGCACGUUUAUUGCCCAUGGGCACAAUGAGACCCUGUUGGUGUUGAUAAUCCUCAAUAUGAUGUCAGCCGUUCAUGCUAUAUAUUUGCCAAUAGACCUUCAUGUUUAUUUGGUAGGCCUGGAGCUGUGGAGCGAGAGAGACUACAUAACAAUUGGUACUAAAAGCCUUGCCAUAACUUUGGAUGCAUUUUACAAAUUUGCCCGUAACCAGCUUCAGCAUCAUGUACAUUUUGACCAUGCUGGCAUAAUUACGGCUAAAGGACAUCCUUCUGGACUGUCAUGGGGAGACCGCAUUUGCCAUUACAAUCAUCUUUCCGUGUCUGCUAUGCGUACGUAUCUCGACCUGAGAAAUGAUGCUGAAGUCAUGGCACAUCAGCUGGGUCAUUCACUUGGCUUUCCCCAUGAUGAUACCCCAAGCAAUUUAGCCCAGGGCUGCGAUUGUAAGUGUAGCAGGCGUGGCAGCUGUCUCAUGGUGAGCAAAGAUACUCGACAAUGUGCAAGACUGAGCAACUGCAGCCAGGAGGUAUAUUAUGAGAUGAUACGAAAGCCAGGAAAAGAAUGUUUGCUUGACAUGCCUACCAAAAUAUUCAGGGGAAAGGUGUGCGGAAAUGGAGUCACCGAAGAGGAUGAGGACUGCGACUGUGGUGUUACUGAGGAUAUAGAAGGAGCAGGCAUCCUAAGUUUAUUCUUGCUACCCGGUGCAAAACUUUCACACAAAAGGCAACAGAAUCAAGUGCUCCAAGGAAGUGAGGAAAAAUAUUUGUUUUCAGACAGCUCAAACUCUGAAGACAUGGCUGCACAAGGUGAACCAAGGGUUAGUGGUACAUUAAGAAAUGUCAAAACCCACACACUCCGGCAGCUCAGUGACUGCAGAAGGAAUGGUUGUUGCCAAGAGAACUGUAAAAGUAAACCAGACAUUGACUGCCUUUACGGAUCUUGCUGUGAGAAAUGUAAGUUUUCCGAAGAGGGAACGGUGUGCCGAGAAGCCAUGUCGGAGUGUGACCUUCCUGAGUAUUGCAAUGGGACUUCUGCCGAGUGUCCGCCGGAUCUGUAUAAGCAGGAUGGGAUGCCCUGCAGUGACGGCAACAGUUGUUUCCUUGGGGACUGCCUGAACCUCCACAAGCACUGCAUUGCUCUCUUUGGCAAAGAUGCCCAACAAGCCCCGUUGAGCUGCUUCAAGGAGCUGAACAUGCGAGGAGAUCAGAGUGGCAACUGCGGUGGGGACGGCGAGACAUACAUAAAGUGCAAUGAAGAAGAUGUCCUUUGUGGACGGCUGCAAUGCAUUCAUAUUAAAAGAAUUCCAAAAAUGUCAACUGGACAGGGAGUAAUCCAGACUCCAGUGGAAGAUACCUUGUGCUGGGGGACAGAAUUUCACCUCGGUCGGGAUUCUUAUGACCUGGGAGCCGUGAAAGAUGGAACCACCUGCGGUGCGGACAAGAUAUGUUUAAACAGAUCCUGCGUUGAUCUGGCAGUUCUGGAUUACAAUUGCGAUUUCUCAAAAUGCAACAACCAUGGGGUAUGUAAUAACAACGGAAACUGCCAUUGCACUUAUGGAUGGGCCCCUCCCUUCUGUGCUGGCAAGGGAUAUGGAGGAAGCAUCGACAGCGGCCCCCCUUCCGCUUAUGGGGGUAAGUAUCCCCCGUUGGCAUUGCCUCCACUGGGCUUUGCCAGCUGCUGUCCUGGUAAUUUAGCUCUGUGUCUUGGGGCAAUGCCCUUGUCAAAUCCGAGGACUCUCUGCCUUGUGCUUCAAUGGUUGAUGAACCAUUAUUAUUAUUUAUCUUUAUUAUUGGUAUGUCUUCAACCUUCUCUUAGGGUUUUCUUGGCCAGAUUUCUUCAGAGGAGGUUUGUCGGUGCCUUCCUCUACGGCUGAGAGAGUAUGACUUGCCCAAAGUCAUCCAGUGGGUUUCUGUGGCAGAGCAGGGAUUUGAACCCUGACUUCCCAGAGUCCUAGUUCCACAUGCAAACCAUGUCAACAUAAUGGCUGUCUUUAUUUAUAUCCCGAUCAAAACAACAAGGUGAUAACCUAAACCUAAAAUAAAUCAACAAAAGAAACAGAAAGGUCUAGGAAAAAUCGUUAACAAAAUAAAAAUAAUUUUAACGUCUAAAAUACAUUCAAAUAUUGCAAUGACAAAGAAUUUCCUUAUAUCAAAAUAUACAGUGUAUAAACAAUGCAAUACACUGUGCAAAUAUGCAUGGAAAAGAGAAAAUAUCUUAACAUCCAAACACGUUUCAACAUACAUCUUCCUCAGUG